AUGGGAAAGGUGAACAUAACGGUUGUGGAAUUGGACCCUGUAAUAGCUGAAAUUGCUCGAGCAUGGUUCGGUGUUGUGGAAUCGAAAAAUCAUCACGUGAUUGUUGAUGAUGGACUGAAAUUCAUAGAGAAGGCUGCCAAAUCAGGAGACAAGUUUGACGUGUUGGUACUGGACGCUUGUGAUGAAGCGAUAAAAUCUCCCUGUCCAGCUGCGGCCUUCCGGAACAGAGAAGUUAUAGAGAAGAUGAAAGACAUCUUAACAGCUACAGGCUGCCUAGUUGUCAACAUACUUACCCACAACACUGAAGGAAUCCCAACGGGUUUACCCGAGAUAAUUGGUUUGUUUACUUCGGUGUUUCCUGCUUGCAUCCAAAUGAAAAUGGUCAAAGAGGUCAACGUUGUACUAACUUGUGUCCCAUAUACAAUCUCCAACAUUCGUGCGCAGCUCAGCUUUUAUAAUAGCCGCCUUGAUGCGAUAGUAACGAAGUUCAAGUUGGUCAAAGUCUUGGAGGGGGUUGUUCUCGUUUGA